GUUAAGGAAAAAAAGGAUGAAUGAAUCUGAUGCUUACGAAUACUUUGUCCUAAGAGCACAAAAAAUAGCAUCAUCCCAUGGCUAUGAAUUCAUUAAUUGGGAGGAGACGUUCAAUGAUUUUGGCAAACAACUUAGCCCCAAAACUGUGGUUCAUAACUGGCUUGGUCGUGGAGUUGCUGAAAAAGUAGUAGGUGCGGGACUAAGAUGCAUUGUUAGCAACCAAGACAAGUGGUAUCUUGAUCACUUGGAUGCCACAUGGGUUGGUUUCUAUAUGAAUGAACCACUUGUAAAUAUCACCAAGCCUGAGCAACAGAAACUAGUCCUUGGUGGUGAAGUAUGCAUGUGGGGAGAAACGGCAGAUGCAUCAGAUAUAGAGCAAACAAUAUGGCCCCGCGCUGCAGCAGCAGCAGAGCGUCUAUGGACCCCAAUUUCGAAGCUAGCAACAGAUCCCAAGAUAGUUGCACCCAGAUUGGCUCAUUUCAGAUGCUUACUCAACCGAAGAGGAGUCGCCGCUGCGCCGUUGUUUGCUCCUGGUAGAGGCACUCCAACGUUCACAGGCUCCUGCAUCCAACAGUAAUCACAGAGCACCUCUUCCGGAUAUCAACCUUGGACUAUUUAUUGGGUAUUAGGCUGCAAAAUAACCUUUUUAUAUAAAUGAGAGAGGGUGGGGUGGGGGUGGGCAUGUUUGUAUUCUCUAUUCCAAUAUUUUAAAUGCUGUAAAAAUAAAACGAAACUGCAAGACACAAAUCAAGCAGU